AUGGGUGACUUGGUGUUUCUUAAGGUUUCGUCUUGGAAGAAGGUGUUACAUUUUGGGCGAAAGGGUAAGCUUAGUCCAAGGUUUAUAGGACCGUUUGAGGUGUUGGAGCGUGUUGGGCUAGUUACGUAUCGUUUGAGGUUACUGCUUGAGAUCAAGUGUAUUCACGACGUGUUCCAUGUGUCGAUAUUGCUUGAGGUUCACAAGGAUCUUUCUUACAACGAAGAACCUAUUAAGAUUAUGACUAGGGAUGUGAAUGUUCUUUGGAACAAGGUCAUUCCGUUGGUAAAAGUGUUGUGGCGUAACCACAAUACUGAGGAGGUGACUUGGGAGAUGGAAGAGUCAAUGAGAGCUUAG